CGGACGCUCGCAUCGCUUCAUUCUGCCCCCACCAGUUGAACUAAUCAGACGUUCGAACGGAUAACAACGUGCAUUGUUAUUUCAAAUUACACGCAAUGUACGAAAUAAAAGAUAAGGUAUUCUUGGUUACUGGGGGCGCUAGUGGAAUUGGUGCAGGAAUUGUCAGAACAGUUUUGGAUCGCGGUGCAAAGCAUGUCGUCGCCUUAGAUAUUGAUGUCAUUCAAGGAAAGUCACUGGAAAAGGAACUAAACGAUAAACUUGGAAAGAAUAGGGCGAAAUUCGUUGAAUGUGACAUAACAACACAAUUACAAAAUGCUUUCGACAUUGCGACUAAAGAAUAUGGAUACAUUGAUGUUGUUAUUAAUAAUGCAGGGAUUAUGAACGACAGUCCAAGUGUAUAUGAAAAGGAAAUAGCUGUUAAUGUGACCGCAUUGAUAACGAGCACCUUAAAAGCUUUUGAAUGGAUGCGCAAAGAUCGGGGAGGAAAGGGGGGCACGAUUAUGAACAUAUCUUCUAUAGUUGGAUUGAUGCAAACACCGUUACUACCAAUAUACAGCGCAACGAAGAGUGCAGUAUUACAAUUCAGCAACUGCUUUGGGAUGGAGCCACAUUUCAAAUCAUUCGGAGUCCGUGUCGUAACUGUAUGCUUUGGUAGUACUGACACAUCUCUUUUGGAUCCACAAAAAGUUGGUGGUUUUAUAAAAGAUAUUGAUGAAAAUAUAAUGAUCGGUAUUAAGAAACUGCCACUUCAAAGUGUGCAGUCUGCGAUUGAAGGUCUUCUAACCGCGUACAUUAAUGGAAACAGCGGAAGCACUUGGCUCGUGACCUCAAACAGGCCGGCUGAAGAAAUAACGGAAAAUGUUAAAAACGCAUACAAAACGUUAAGUCAGGGCAAACACAAUAACAAUUGUCUACUACUAUAUUUAAUAUUGUUCAGACGUCGUUUAAUGAAAAUGUUUGAUAUUAAAAAUAAAGUGGUGAUAAUAACUGGGGGGGCAAACGGGAUAGGGGCAGCUACUGUUGAAAUUUUGUUAGAAAAGGAAGCAAAGCAGGUAACUGUACUGGACAUCGAUGCCAACUCCCUAUUCAAGCUGGAAGAAAAACUAAGCAAUAAAUUUGUUAAAGCCAGUGUCAAAUAUAUAAAAUGUGACAUAACUAAAGAAAAUGAACUCUAUGAGGCAUUUAAUUCCGUUCAAAAAGAAAACGGUCAAAUAGAUAUUGUUAUAAACAAUGCUGCUAUAGGUCAAGAAACGAUGGACACUUAUAAAAAACUCAUUGAAGUUAACUACACAGCACUUGUUACAAGUACAUUAAAAGCUUUAAAAGUUAUGAGAAAGGAUACCGGCGGCAGGGGAGGGACAAUAGUAAAUAUUUCCUCUGUCGGGGCUUUAUCUCAACCGUCUCCAAGUUAUUUUAUUUAUUGCGGCAGUAAAAGUGCGGUGCUUCAAUUCAGUAAUUGUAUUGGUAAACAAGAAUAUUAUUCAAUAACUGGAGUAAGAGUGUUAACGAUAUGCUUUGGCGCCACCGAUUCAAACAUGAUGCCAAACAUGAAAAGUUUCGAUCCUAUAAUCGAUGAGAAUAUGGAGUCUGUCAGUAAAAGUUAUCCCACUCAAACGAUUUGGUCAGCAGCUGAGGGCGUGGUACAUGUUUAUCAGAAUGGUACCAGCGGAGAUACCUGGCUGGUUAACGGCAAUAAACCCGCUAUAAACAUAACUGAAAAAGUUAAAAAAGCCUACCAUAUUUUAUCUGAAGAUAUUUUUCCUUGAACUCUAUGAUUUUUUAUUGUUUAUAUGAUGAUCCAACUUCAAUAAAUUCUGAAAAAAAAAUCUAGCAACAUGAAUUAAAAUUACU